AUGUUUCCUGCCGAACAUCCUGCUAUGACAUCGGAACGAGUCGAAAAUCGACGCAAGGGAGUUUUAGCCAAGCUUCAAGCUGCUAACAUUGAUCCAGAAAAUGAUGGCAUGUUCGAAAAUGCCGAUGAUUAUCACACAUUUUGGCAUUGUCUUCACGGUAAUAGUUAUCUUAAACCGUGUCCAACAAAUUUAAUUUGGUCACAAGUAGAGUGCCAGUGCGUUGGGGACACAAUGACACCAACAGUUACAAUAACAACAACAACAACAAAAGAGACGGUUUUGUCAACGACAGAAACAAUAUCAAAUUGUUUGGAAUCAAAUCUAAUCACAUUUGAAAAUGCAUCAACCUAUUCCAAGAUCUCAAAUGGUUAUCAUGGUUUAAAAUGGACGAAUGCUUAUGUACUUGAUACACAACUAUAUCCACAAUGGUCCGACAGUGGCUUUUAUUCGGCUGUAAAAUCGGGUACUUGGGUUGCAUUCAACAUGAAUGGCGAACGAAUGACAAUCGCUAUAGAUAUGCCAAAUAAAUUUAGUAUAAAAUCAUUUGUUGCCUCCUCUGCAUGGAAUGAUAGUGUAACAUUAUCGAUGGUUUCACAACGUGCAUCAACGUAUUAUAAAGAAGCAUCAUUUAAAAUUGAAAAAAAUCGUUCAACUAUGAUUGAAUUAAAUUGGUUCGAUAUUAAUACAAUUACAUUCUAUGCAUCAACUAAUAAUGGUCAACAUAUAGAAGUUUUUGUCAUUGAUGAUUUAUGUUUGGAUUCAACCGCGCUUUCAACAUCAACAUCAACAUCAGCUGAAAUUAAAGAUAAAUGUUCAUUGAACGAAAUAUUAUAUCAAGCUCAUUGUUACUACUUGGAUGGUGUAGGAGGAGAAUGUCCAUACGGUUAUAGUCUUGGAUCAGAAACGGUCUUAUCUCUUAUAGCUGAUUCAUUUAUUGGUUUAAAUUAUAAAACAGCAAUUUCGGAUAACUGUUGCGUUGUAACAUCUGAAAAAUACUCAAAUUAUGGAAUUAAUUCAGUGGAUCAAUGCAAUAAACAAGGACCAUUCACAGUUGUGCCCAGCCACAAUGGUGGUGGAUGUAGGAAUAAUACAACUAAGUAUCGAAGACAACUAACAUUUUGUAUGAGCAAUUAA